AUCCCCCUUGGAUUUUCAGCGUUUCCCUGGGAGAGGAGUCCUGGCUGGGCGAGCCCAUGAGCGAGGACAUCCGGAUCCAUUCCUGGCCUUGCUCCUACUACCUGGACUCCAGCAAGCAAUGGAUCCCUGGCAAGCUCUCCCUGACCUCCACCUCCAUCAAAUUCACGGCUGACAAAUCCGGGGAGCUCCUGGCGGAUUUCCAGCUCUCCGGCAUCAGCGAGAUCAAGAAGGAAUCUUCCCAUCUGAUCUUCAGCUCGCUCACCGUGCUGGAGAAAGGCGCCAAGCACUGGUUCGGCUCCCUGCAGCCCAACAGGAAUGUGGUGUUCAACGUCCUGGAGCAUUUCUGGAGGGAGCAGCUGCUGCCCGGCCGGGAGGGGGCAGCGGGAGCGGCCUCGGGCUCCAGCAAGGGCCGGGAAUUGUCGGGAAUGUUGGAGGGAUCCCAGAAACGCCUGGAGGACACGGCCAAGGUGCUGCAGGCCCAGGGGGAGCAGUUCGACAGCAUCAUGAGGGGGCUGCACAAGAUCGAGGGGGACAUGGAUGUGGCCGACAGGCUGCUCACAGAGCUGGAAUCUCCCUCCUGGUGGCCCUUCAGCACCAAACUCUGGAAAAACCCCGUGGAAGCAAAACCCAAGGAAACCCCGACGGCUCCCGAUCCCAAAAUCCAGGAGGGAAUCCUGCUGCGCAUCCCGGUGAUCAUCACGCACAGGACGGACUCCGGCGCCAAACCCGGCCAACUCACGGUGCUGCCCUCGGGCCUGGAGAUCCGGGAUUGCAAUUCCCAGCUCCUGCACCGCUUCGAGGCGCGGGACGUGGACGACAUCCGCGUGCACACGCCCUACGAGAUCAGCGUGCGGCAGCGCUUCAUCGGCAGGCCCGACGUCUCCUUCCGCCUGCUGGCCGCGCGCAUGCCCCAGGCCAUCCCCCUGCUGCAGAUGCAGUUCAGCAAGAAAAUCCAGUUCCUGGAGGAUGCUCUGGGGUUUGCCGGAGCCAGCAAGUCCCCUCAGGCGGAUUUGGGGACGUCCAUCUGGCAGGCAGGUGGGUGCCAGGGGGUUCCGGGCUCCAAAGGUUUUCCCAAGGAAUAUUCCCGAGGCCAGGGUGAGUGAGUCCAUGGUAAAUCCAAGGGAUAAACUCCAGGAGGCUUCAGAGCCUUUGGCACUGCUGCUUUUCCUGGAGGUAAUUCCCAAUUUAACACCCAAUAAUUACUAUCCAAUACCCAAUAAUUAUUAUCCAGUAUCCAGUGUUUAAUAUCCAGUAUCCAGUGUUUACUAUCCAAUAUCCCAUAUCCAGUAUCCAAUGUUUAAUAUCCAAUAUUCCCAUAUCCAGGAUCCAAUGUUUAAUAUCCAAUAUCCCAUAUCCAAUAUCCAGUGUUCAAUAUCCAAUAUUCCCAUAUCCAGUAUCCAGUGUUUGAUAUCCUGUAGUUAAUUCCCAGCUUAACAUGCAAUAAUUGCUAUCCAAUACCCAAUAAUUAGUAUCCAGUAUCC